UUUGACUGGCUGAAAGAUGCAUCGGUCCUUUGCAGAUGCAAUCAAAGGAGUUGAUUGCGAUCCGAAAAAAGCAGAGCGACGUCAGGAACACUUUGCUUGGAAUGUAUCGGCGCAGCCACGCGUUUUCCCAAUUCCUGAUGCAGCGAACAAUCCGGGAGAUUGUGCAACGGCUGCACCGACACAUCCCCUGUCGUUGAAUUUUCCAGCGCUCCACAGCAAGAAGAUACAACAUCAAGAGAUGGGAUUAAAGCAUUCGAAAAGGCAGAAACCGCAGCUAAAUACGAAGAGAACCGAGGAACAUCCACCCCGAAGCCAUAAGCUAGCGCCGUCGAAAAAAAUCUUGACGAAAAAGAAGCCAAAACUUACAGCAAACAACGAAUCGACAAAAGAUUUUUCUACGCCGACACCCGCUGAUUUUCAAUCGUCGGAAAAAGGAAGAAAAAAUUAUCUUCAAAAUACCUCGCCUUCCAAAACAUCCUUCAAAUAUGUGAAUAGGACCGAUGCUUCUAUGCUUGAAAGGAACAAUUUUGAAGCAGCGGCAACAAAUCGAGAUGGUACGAAUGCACGAUCUAUCGUCCAACGUAAUUCAAAAACAAAUUCAGAAUUACGGAACAAUAGUGACAGCGCCCACGAUUUGCUCAAGCUUAUGCGCGAUGGAAAGAUGGUUGUUAAGAACAAGGGGCGACAACGAAUUCGACCUCAAAAGAAGAAGUUCUCCGCCUUGAAGAAAAAAGUUUUGGAGGAACGGUUACGGCGGUGGCGCGAUCUACACCCCGAAGACUCCCUUCAUAGUGUAGAGCGUAAAGCAAGUUCCCUUGUAUGUAUUAUCGGAUUAACAAGCGAGGACGAACUUGAAGAUGAUGAUGAGUACAACGAAAUUCGAUUGGACCUACUGGAAAUGGCUGAAAAGAUCGGGCAAGUGGAGAAUUGUUUUGUUUUUAGACCACCAGACUGUCGACAUAUGGGCGAUACGUUUCCAUCGUUCGUCAAGUUCAAAUUACCGCAGCACGCAAAUGCAGCUGUCGACUGCUGGCAUGGUAUUACAAUGGGCGGUAAAACGCUGAAUGUGUUUGAAAUAGACGAGGCACUUGAUGAAAAACCAGAUUUUGACUGGCAAGGAUCCUGCCUCGCCUCGCUGAAAGCUAUUUCUAACCAACCUGAUUGCGCACCAAGUCUUUCCCGAACUGAAAUGCACAUAGAAAACGUAAUAACCGUUGAAGAUCUAAAGGAUGAGGAGGAUAUUCGACUAAAAAAGGAUCCCACGCUAGGGCUUGUUCUUGUGUACGAGGUUUCUUUCGUCGAGGCUCAAAAGAUAGCUGAAAAGCUCAGCAAGCACAUUCUUGGGGGGCAGCCUCUACAUGCUACGGUAGUUUCAAAAAUACCAAUUCAAUCUCCUCAAUCUAGCUCCACUGUCAUCGUUACGAAUGUUCUCACUGAAGAUGAUUUAAGUGAUACUGAUUGCCUCCAGGAAAGUUUGGAUGACCUUCGAGAGUUAGUAGGAAAGCACGGUGUGGUCAACGCCAUGUCUGCCAAUAUAAGUGCAGAUCCUCCGUUUAUCAGCAUUCAAUUAAGUUGCUUCGAGGAAGCAAAUGCAACUGCUCAUGCGUUGAACGGUGUGCUACUAAGUGGUUCUAUUGUUUCUGCCACAACAGCUUGCAAAAUGCAAGCAAUUCCAAAACCGAUCGGUACAACGGCGAUGCCUGAAGCUGUUCGUAUGUUUUCGGGCGACAAGCUUAUUCCAGACCGAUUCAUUGAGUGCAAGCGAGUGCCCAAAGUCUCAGGUAUAACAGCACCACGACCAUACGCAACGCUGAUAUCUGAUGAAUCUGUGAAGCCUUUGUUAACAGAAAUGUUUGGUGAAUUAAUGCGUCUUCAAAAACGGGCAGUUGAUGAAAAUAAUACGAAAGUGAAGCGAAGGCUAGUAAUGGGCCUUCGUGAAGUUGCUCGAGGCAUUCGAUCGCAUAAGGUGAAGUUGGUCGCCAUGGCGAACAAUCUUGACGACUAUGGAGCUAUUGACGAGAAACUUCAAGAAAUUUUAGAUUUGGCAGACGAGAAUGAAGUCCCAAUCUUCUACGAGUUCACCAAGAGAGCUUUGGGCAAGGUGAUGGGUAAAACGGUGAAGAUUGCUGUUGUAGGCGUUCAGAACGCGGAGGGGGCUCAUCAACAGUUCAAGAAGCUGCUUGCCAUUUCAACAAAGGCGAUCACUAGAUAGUCGAUAAUCUUAAUUGUAUCUUUUAGCUCGAA